AUGAACCAAGCUGUCGCCGCGCGACAAGAGCAGUUUGACCUGCGACGUAGACUCUGGACGUCGACAACACCAUCGAGAGCACUGGAAGACGACCGGGAGACGCAAGCGAUCAACUUCUUCGCCCAAAACUACAUGCUGGAACAAUCAAUAGACGGCGCUCCAAACCCAGGACUCUUUGGCCUCUUCAAACCUGCUUUUACAAGCUCGUCGCGAGAUUCAUCGGCGGCUUUGGCUGUAUCCGCGCUUGCUCUGUCUGUGUACUCCAGAUGGCGCAUGGACGGAGUGACAGAGAAGAAGAUUGCUAACGUCUUGGGUGGUGCUAUUUACAAACUCACCAAGGAUCUUCACGCAGAAGAAACAAGAAAGAGCGACAUCACGCUUUUAGCAACACUAACACUGCAGUUUCACUCUAGUUUCGAAUCCUUGUUCGGCUCCAACAAGGCAACCAUUGUCCACCAUCUUGGCGCCCUUGCAUUAGUCAGGGGUUUGGGACCACCACAAUCCUGGACAACCCUUGCCAAUCAGUUUGUGGCGUACAUUCUUCAUGUAGAAGUUGCAGCCGCGAUUCGUGAGCAUCGUCAAGUUCAUCCAGAGCUUUGUUAUUGGAGCUCAGUCAUCACCACGACGUCAAUGGAGUCUGAUACUCAGAUCGACGCUCUGGGUAUUAGGGUCGCAGACGUCCAAGUUAGGGCUGACAACAUCUUCAAGUCUACUGAUAGCGACCCAGGUGUAUCAUCCUUGACGUUGGAGAGAAUCUUAAGCGAUAUACGGGAUCUCGACAAGCGCCUUGUCCUGUGGCAUGACCGAGUUUCGCAUUUCUGGGGUCCGUUCUGCUGGAGUCAAAGCGACAUAGUAUUUCCACCGAUACAGACAUUCAGAGGCGCUUGUCACGUGUAUACGUCCAUCCGUGCUGCUCGACUCAUAAACAUCUGGCGCAGUUACAGACUCACACUAACGCUGUUAGCCCUACAACUGACUGGUGGGAACCAAAGGCAACAGAUCUUUGACUCCAACGAGGUUCUUACGAUCGAGACCAUACUUGUGAAGCGUAUCCAAUGGCUUGUCGAUGGAUUCUGUGCAUCUGUACCAUUCUUCCUGGGUAACAGGACCAAUAUUGGCACAGUUGCGGACUUCGACAACUCAACUUGGCGAUUCCCUACUUGCCAUGACAUGUCCGAAGCAUUCGACACCACAGGGCGCCCUGCUGAAAUGAAGGGGCUAGAAUCAACGGCGCACCACAAAAGCCGUGCUAUAGCACAGGGUGUUUGGCUGAUCAUGGGCAACUUGACACAAUUGGUUGCCUUUUUCCUCAGCACCGCCAGCCUCACUUCUCGCCUACCACUGCGGAAUGGUCAGUUGGCUUGGAUAUGUCAGCAAUAUCUUCGGAAUCUCUCACUGCUUUCUCUCCCGUGGACUAUGAACAAAGCUCUUGAGGAGCAGGUGCUCACUGGUGUUUGUCUGCCGGCAGAUGAGGAUCUGAUAUCUGAGGCGAGAAGAUGUGUCCAGCGGGUGCAACAAGGUUUGAAAAUGACGGGAGACUGA